UUCAAAAAUUAUAAAUAAAACUAAACGCCCCAAACGAAAACUCGAACGGAAAAUUUAGUUCAAGUGUUUUUUAUAAAGAAAAUAUAUGUUUAAAGUGAUAUCGUAACAAUUUUCAAAAUCCUUUGAAAACGUCCUGGAAAAAGUCGGGAAAAAUGUCUACGGAAUUAGUUUUAAAAUUGGAUUUAGGAGAACCUAGCCUAAAAGCGCAACAAAAGGCUUUACAGGAACUAAGAGAAACUCCGGAAAAUAUACGCAAAGGUUUAAAAGAAUUUAAAGAAUUAUUAGAAGACUUAACCGAUUUAAAUAUACCCAUGACAGAUGAAAAGUGGUUGUUAAAAUUUUUAAGAGCCUGUAAAUUUUAUCCAGAAAGUGCCAGAGAUUUGGUAAAACGUUAUUAUAAUAUACGCAAAAAAUAUUCUGAAAUAACAAAUCUCUUAACACCACUGAAAUUGAAACCGGUAUUUGAGGCCAAUAUAGUAAGCAUACUACCGCAACGUGAUCAGGAAGGUCGACGUAUUGUAUUAUCACAAUCGGCUGGUGAACAUUGGAAUCAUAAACUUAUACCAUUGGAUCUAGUCUAUGCGGCCAGUACUUUAUGCACAGAUCUUAUACAACUUGAACCGGAAACUCAAAUAAAUGGUGUUGUCUAUAUAGCUGAUAUGAAGGGUUUAGGCAUAAGUCAAGCUUUACAAUAUACACCCAAUAGAGCACUGCGUACUCUAAAUUAUAUACAAAAUAAUAUACCCCUUAGAGUUAAGGCACUACAUUUUAUAAAUGCUCCCAAAAUCUUUGAAUCCAUAUUUGCUGGAGUCAAAAUAUUCUUUAAUGAAAAAUUUGCCAAACGUAUUCUAAUACAUGGUAAAAAUUUGGAGACUUUACAUCGUUAUAUAUCACCCGAAUGUUUGCCGGAAUGUUAUGGCGGUACGUUGAAACAAGAAUUAAACUAUGGUCCCGCAACGUAUGAGCUGUUGUCACCUUAUCAGGAAUAUUUUGAAAAUGUUCAAAAAUAUGGUUUUAAGUUGUAAAUUGUAAAGUUAGUAGUACUAUGUAUAUGUAUGGACGUCAUAGGCGCAAUAAAUUUAAGUUUAUUUUGGUGUUAAAAA